AUGGACACCGAACCCAAUGCCGUCCAAACCACCAAAACCACAGAAGGCAUCACCACAAUCACACUGAACCGAGAACACCGCCGCAACGCCGUUGACGGACCAACCGCAAAGAAACUGACCGACGCAAUACUUUGCUACGAAACCGACACCACCCAGAAAGUCUGCAUCCUUUACGGCGCAAACGGGACAUUUUGCGCGGGGUUCGACCUGCACGAAGUCGCCAAGUUCGCUCCCUCCACCAACAACAAUGACAACGAAUACAACGGUCCUCGAAUCGGAGCCACCGAGCGCGUCUCGGGUCGCAAUAUAGGUCCGAUGGGGCCAUCUCGACUGCAGAUUCGGAAACCAGUCAUCAGCGCCGUAUCCGGGUAUGCUGUUGCGGGGGGCCUCGAGCUCAGUUUACUAGGUGAUAUUCGAGUCGUUGAGGAAGAUGCGGUAUUCGGGGUAUUUUGUCGACGGUGGGGAGUUCCUCUUAUUGAUGGGGGUACAGUUCGUUUGCAGGCGAUUGUGGGACUCGGUCGUGCGAUGGAUAUGAUUCUUACCGGGAGGGGAGUCGGUGCUCAGGAGGCUUUGAAUAUGGGGUUGGCUAACAGGGUCGUGCCGAAGGGUAAGGCGCUGGAGGAGGCGAUGAAGAUCGCUCGGCAGUUGGUGAUGUUUCCUCAGGGGUGUAUGAAUGUUGAUCGUGCUUCGUGUUACUAUGCAGCUUAUGAGGCUGGGUCGUUUGAGGAUGCGAUGCGGUUUGAGUAUGACAAUGGGAUUGAGGUCGUUGAGUCGGAGAGUGUUAAAGGGGCGGCGAGGUUUAGUUCUGGUGCUGGAAGACAUGGGAAAUUCGAUUCUGAGGGGAAACUUUGA